AUGAACAACCACAAAUAUAGCACUUUGUAUCACAAACGCCGAGGAAGGACGAGGAUUAUUCAAUGUGUCUAUGUGGUUGGCUUUAUGGACUUGUUCGGGGUGAGCCUGAUCAUCCCGCUGCUGAGCCAUCACGUCAAAGCGCUCGGAGCAAGUCCUACUGUUGCUGGUAUUGUUGGGUCCACAUAUGGCGUCUUGCAGCUGUUCUCAAGCACAAUUGUGGGCAGCUGGAGUGAUGUAGUGGGCCGCCGUCAGUCCCUGCUGACGUGCUUGCUGUUGAGCACUUUGGGCUACAGCCUACUUGGAACGUCCACCAGCAUCGCUUUGUUCGUGCUCUCGCGGAUCCCAGUGGGGCUGUUCAAGCACUCCCUGUCCAUCUGCAGAGCCCUGCUGUCUGACCUGGUGUCUGAGGCAGAGCGCCCCCUAGUGAUGGGACACUUCAACGCCGCCUCCAGCGUGGGCUUCAUUCUAGGUCCCGUAGUCGGGGGCUACCUGACGGAGCACGAGGGCGGCUUCUACACCUGCGCCUUCGCUUGUGCCGGCAUCUUCCUCAUUAAUGCAGGUCUUGUAUGGAUGCUUCCAUGGGGCGACAUCAUCCAUCACAGCAACGGCACCACUCACUCUAAAUCCGCCAGCAACGGUUCUUCUGCUAAGAACCACACGCCGGCACAGGCGGACCUGGAACCGCAAGCUCCGGGGCCCCGACCCGACUGGAGCCAGCUGUCCUCAGUGGGGUCCAGGAUUCGCAUGGUGGCUUCGUCCGAUAUGUGGGACCUGUUCCUGGUGCGCCUGCUGAUGGCGGUGGCCAUCAUGCUCUACUACAGCAACUUCUCACUUGCCAUGGAGGAGCGUUUCUCUGUUAAACCAAAGACGACGGGCUACCUCAUCAGUUACAGUAGCACUCUGGGGGCGCUUGCUGGGUUUCUGGUGGGACCCGUCACUCGGUUGUACGGCGACGACAUGGCCACCUUGCUGCUGCACUCCACUUUGCUGACGUUCCUGCUUAUAUCGCUGUAUACAGCCGCACAGAGCGUUUGGCAGGUGGUGCUCAGCUCCACCUUCUUCGCCAUCUCCACCACGGUGGGACGCACCUGCAUCACCGACCUAGAACUAAGCAGGGGAGGGCCACGGGCCAGCGGGACUCUGAUCGGAGCCGGACAAUCUGUGACCGCGGUGGGCCGCGUGCUGGCUCCCCUGCUCUCGGGCAUCGCCCAGGAAUUCAGCCCCUGCGGACCUCCCGCUCUGGGGGUCCUGCUAGCUUUGGUGGCGGUGGGCGUGCUGCUGGUUAGAAUCCCCAGUUGGAACAGGAAAGCUGGCACAGAAAUAGCAACUAAAAUAGGGUAA